CAGGAGCCCUGUAGCGCGAAGAUGUCCCCCAUAGCAGUCGUGUCCACGCUGGUGCUGAUGAUGACUCUCAGCGGUGUCGGGCUUGGACAUGACGCCGCAGUCGGCACGGUGGACCUCCAACAGGACCUGUUCCUCGAGGAGGAGGGACCUGAGCUCGACAGGGAGAAACGGCAGGCGGACUUCAGUGACCCGAAGGACGAUCUGCGACGCGAGUGCCUGGCGAAGUCGCGGCGCGCCUGCUGCCCGCUGCUGCAGAAGGACGCCGUCAAGUUCGCCACCUGCGUGAAGGAGUACGGCUGGGCCAACAGGAACCAGCGGGAGCUGCCUGGCUGCCCCGGCUACCCCCGUUGUCCGGGGUUCAACAGGGGGUGAUGGUCGGCGGUGGCGGGAGAGCCGGGAGUAUGCCGAAGCAGCGCCGACGGCUUCGAGAUGAUCGGUGAUGGCUUGUCGAUUUUGUCACACCCAUGCGGCGGUGGCUGUGUGUUUCAGCGUCAAUGCAUACAGUAGACGCCAGUGUAGAACUGUGUGCAAACUUUUUGUUCCAGCUCAGUUGCUCUGUCCCGUUUGCUACGCACACAGCAUCACAUGAAAAGAGUGGAUGAGUUUUGACAGUUUCCAUACCAAACGAUAAACAAUUCAGUGAGGCAAUAAACAAUGACUGGAGUGUAA